AAGGCUUCGUCACAAACUAACAAUCACGCUUCUCUCUCUCUGCAAACUCCGCGUAUACCCCAAGUUUCUCUCUCUACCCUUUUCUUUCUAGUUUCCACCUCCGUCGCCGCACUCACUUUGAUGCCAAUUUUCUGAACACGCUUUUGAAGAGGGUAAGUUCGAGCACCGGUACUGUGCUGUGCUGCAUUACUUGCAUUUCCUCUAUAAUGGGUUGUUUCCACUCUAAGUCAGCGAGGCAGUUUCCUGCACAGGAGAAUACUGUUAAUCUUGCGGCAGAGACAGCUUUUACUGUCAGUGAGGUUGAAGCACUGUUUGAGCUUUUUAGGAGCAUCAGCAGUUCUGUUGUCGAUGACGGACUGAUAAGCAAGGAAGAAUUCCAAUUGGCAAUCUUCAAAAACAAGAAAAAGGAUAACCUUUUUGCAAACCGGAUCUUUGAUUUAUUUGAUGUCAAGAAGAAGGGAGUCAUUGACUUCGAAGACUUUGUUAGAUCUCUGAAUGUUUUCCACCCAAAUGCAUCAUUAGAAGACAAGAUAGCUUUUUCAUUUAGGCUCUAUGAUUUGCACAAUACUGGCUUUAUAGAGCGCCCUGAGGUCAAGCAAAUGUUAAUUGCACUUCUUUUUGAGUCGGAUAUGAAGUUGGCAGAUGAUGUCAUAGAAACAAUUCUUGACAAGACUUUCGUGGAAGCUGACCUAAACCAAGAUGGGAAAAUCGACACCGAAGAGUGGGAAACUUUUGUUAAAAAGAAUCCGUCACUAUUAAAAAUCAUGACCCUUCCUUAUCUGAGGGACAUAACAACAUCUUUCCCAAGUUUUAUAUUUAACUCUAAUGUGGAUGAGAUUACUGCUUAAAGUACAGAGUUUUUAGGUUAUGUGAUUGGUGGGAAAAUUGGAUGUAUCAAACACUGAGAAUGGAAUAGGUGCUAUGCUUGAUUAGUUAGCCUUACUCAGUAAAAUUGUAAAUGACGUUUGCAUUAAAAUUUUCUAGCCACAUCUCAAGUUAGUUCCUGUUUGGAAACCCUUUAUUUAUAAGGGAUAUUUUUUAAUAGAGAAUUUUGAAGAGUUGCAAUGUAAAAUAACUUCUAAAACCGUUUGUCAUGAAUGAAUUGACGAUUCACAAUUAUGGAUGA